AUGUGCCGCAAGCAAUCCGGAAUCUCCAUCGGCCGUCUCUGUGACAAAUGCGAUGGCAAAUGCCCCGUCUGCGAUUCAUACGUGCGCCCUACCACCCUAGCCCGCAUAUGCGACGAAUGCUCCUUCGGAAAUUACCAAAACAAGUGUGUUGUAUGCGGCGGUGAAGGCAUCUCAGAUGCCUUUUAUUGCUUCGAAUGCACGCGGCUCGAGAAGGACAGAGAUGGAUGCCCGAAGAUCAUCAAUCUGGGAAGCAGUAGGACGGACUUGUUCUAUCAAAAGAAAAAUUUCAGGAAUCAUUGAUGGGGACAAACGCGGCUCUGGUUCCAAGUCCAUCCCAGGCUUCGGGCGAUGGAGGAUACUACAUCACAUGCGAUAUUGCCGUGGGAACCCCUUCCAGUGUUUAUUUGGUGUCUGGAUACUUGUUACGGACCUAUCGUUUGCACG